AUUCUCGCGAGAUGAGAUGGACAGGAAGAGGCGGGAGGAAGAGAGGAGGCCGCCAUGGCGCAACAGCGGGUGUUACCACAGAGCAAAGAGACCCUGCUGCAGUCAUACAACAAGCGGCUGAAGGAUGAUGUUAAAUCCAUUAUGGAUAACUUCACCGAGAUCAUUAAGACCGCUAAGAUUGAGGAUGAAACUCAGGUCUCUCGAGCCACCCAAAGCGAGCAGGAUAACUACGAGAUGCACGUCAGAGCUGCGAACAUUGUUCGAGCUGGUGAGUCCUUGAUGAAACUGGUGUCUGACCUGAAGCAGUUCUUGAUCCUCAAUGAUUUCCCCUCUGUAAAUGAAGCUAUCAACCAGCGCAACCAGCAGCUGAGAAGCUUGCAGGAGGAGUGUGACAAGAAGUUGAUUGCACUACGGGAUGAGAUCUCCAUUGACCUGUAUGAGCUAGAAGAAGAAUAUUACUCUUCCAGGUACAAAUAGGGCAGUGGACUUCUGUCUGAUGACUCCAACCCUUCUGGGGGAGUUAAUCCAAACAAAGAGAUAAUCCUUAUAGUGUAGGUCUUGAGAAUGUUCCCAGCAAAAUUCCAUUCCCGUUCCUAAUUUGGUCAAGCUCUUUCUGUAGUUUAAAACAACUGCUUCUUUCUUGCAGGGUAUAAGUGUUAUAUUGGAGAAGGAAUUCACAGCAUCCAGCUCUAGGUGCUUGCCUUGGUUGGUUGGAUGUGACAGAUGAUUACAAAGGAAGCCUAAGCAAAUUAUCAUAGGAGAUCAGUUUCCUUAGGGGGUGAUGUCCUUCUGGAGGAGUCUCUAUCUCUCCCUAGAACAACCAGCAUGUUGAGCUGGGUGCUGAUCUUAGAUAAGAUGGUGAUAUCUCAUAUCCUUGUUACAAGUUCUUUCACAAGUGACCUGCUAACACAGUGUGCCUUUUACCUUGUAGUCCACUGCCCCAGUUGCCUGGAGUCUUUUUGAGGUGAACGUUUAAUUAUGAAGUAUCGUGAUAGGAUUUCUUAAGGAAGAUUUAUUAAUUUGUUUGAGGAAUUUUUAAGAUUUUAAAAGACUUUUGCAUAGGAAACGGGCUUUAGAGAAUUCAGACACUUUAUUUUUUAAUCGUUUUUUGUUGUUUUUAAUCAUGCACUCCAGCACUUCUGAUUGAUUAUGCAGUAAAUGACAGCAGGAAGAAGAUAACUGAGAAUCAGAUUGUAUUGGCUGCACUGUGCACUAAGUGAUGUCAGUGCAAUAAAGGUGUGAAUUCUAAACAGAAAAAACCUUAUCUUUUCAAAAUCUUACCCCAAAAUCUCAUGACCAGCUGUUCCACUUUUGUCUGUCCUCUCUUUCUAGACAUUCUGAGCAUCUAUAGCUCCAGAUAAGUCAAUUAAAACAAUAACUGCACAGUAUACUUGGCAGUUAGUCCAUUGUUUAAGGGUAAUGUAUUUUAGGAGUAAAACUCUUUAAAAGAGUUCUUAAAGGAUUAAGGUACUGAUGUAGCAUAGCUUAGAACCAGCUAUGUUGUUUUAAGAAAACUUGAGAUCCAAGUUUAGAGCUGUUUUUCCAGCUUUACUUAGCUUUUUUUUAAGGGAACUAUGGCAAAGGGUCCUAGAAGUGCCUCAGAAAAGAAGAUUGAUAGUCACAAACCUAAGCACCAGUCCAAGCCUUACUAGGUCAGGGAUGUGUCCACUGCACAGACUGUACAGCAUGGCAUAAGCUGCAUCCACAGUGACAGUGUGAAGUGCCCCAUGAGUGCCAGGGGUGCUUCUCCCACACUGACACCAGGCUGCCAUGACUGUGUCUCAGUUGUUUUCUGUUCUGAACUAAGGAGUUCAGGCCUCUCUAUCAUGGUCUCUUCACCUGACUGACAUGGCUUGCCCUUCUUAACAACCUUCAAAACAGAACUGGUUUCUAAGCACAAACAGCUCUGUUUCCUGAUACACUGAAGUGGAUCUACAUUUGUUUUCAUUCUUUUGAGGGUGGUCUUGAGAUGAGGAAACUUGGCUUGUCUACCGAGCUAUGAUCCUUCUACUGCAACCGCAUACCAUGUAGCACUUAAUCAUUGCUUUUAGCACUUAACUACUUUCCUAUGCUCUUUCCUGUCUUUUUCUGCACCAAAGAAAUUAUGUGUGUAAAUACAGAAAUGGCGAUUUAUUCAAAGUCCUUUUAUAAUUAGAAUAUUAUGAUAUUUUUAAAUGAAAUUUUAUUGUCUAAUGUGGGAAAAGGGGUUCUGUUAUAUCACGUAGCCUUAAGAGUGUUGAUCAUGUUUAAAUUGUGAUGAAUGCAAAAGCUGAUUUGCCCACAAGUGGGCAUUCUGUGCUGACCUGGGAGCCUGGUUGGGGUUUCCUCUCUGUAGUUUAUUACUUCCCUGUGGGGUUUAAUCCUUAUAAAGAAUCCUGUGAGGUCAGGAUGUUGGUUCCAUACAGCCAUCCUGCUCUCCAAUGCCCCAGAGUCCUUGAAGGUCACUGCUGAGUUUAUUUUAGGUUUUCAGGUUGUCCCUCCAAGGAAGGCUGUAGAUAAGUGAGCUCCCUGGAGCAGUGUACCUGCAGGUGCUACAGUUGUAAGCUGCCCCAUGCUGCACAGCUUCCUUUCUUCCUGUGUGUUGUUCCCAAGAGCUGUAGAAGGACUGUAAAAAGGAGUGUCUUGUGCAGCAGUUGCCCCUACCAUUGGUCCAUGAAACUAAAGCUGAGUAGGAAUCUUCACUUUCAAUCUCUGUUCAAGUGUUUUUCUAGAGCUGUUUGUGCACAGAUGUUGAGUGGUGGUGCUGCAGGCUGUGCAGCUGCUUCUCAUUCAGCCUGCCUUUCAGUGAGUGUACACGAGAGGGAGAGCUUAGAUUUUAGUAACUAUUGUUUAGGACCAGUGGGAGAAGCACCUACACUGCUGAUACAGGUUAAAUGCUCAUAGUAACCAAUCUAUGGGGACACUCAUGGAUGCGAUGUUUGGGCUCACUUUGGAAGCCAUUGUUUGAUGUUUAUAACUGUCAGAAAAGGGAUCAUAGUUCUGGUUUAGUCCCAAAGGUCUUCACUACUUGAACACAAACUUGCCUUGUGCUGGGAACUCUAAGGCAGGGUGGUUAUCCUCCAGCAAAAGAAAUCUUCCAAGAGAUUUAACAAAGGGCCCAGAUAUAAAACAUAUACCUACUGCCUUCCUACUUCUGGUACGAAACCAACUGGGUGAUGCUGUCAGAAAACACUACAAAGAUUUGGUGCUUGCAACUAGUGCUUUGUGUGCUUCUUCAAAGCAUUAAGCCCUGAGUCCAGCUUGCAUUUUUUCAUCCUAAACCCCAAACGUGUAUUUAUGUCCCUCCUCUGAGAUCACAGGAGCUGUCUGUGAGUGUGGACUUAAAUCUCAGCAUUUCAUGUUUGUGCAAUUUGAAGUGUCUCGUAUUUUCUGCACUUAAAAAGUAUUUUGCAAAGCAUCUAUUCGAGUCCAUACGUUACAAAAUGUAAAUAAAGCUGCAACGACAAAAUCA